CAAACUGACGCGUGAGGUUGCAUCAUCACGCCGGGUUUUUACUUCCUCUCCUCGUGAGAUCUGACAGAGUGGUUAAACUUCGUGAUCUGUUUGUUACAUCGUCUUCAGGCAGCUUUAAUUAAACAGAAAUUAAAAUGUCGACUGAAGCUUACGACGAGAAUGAGGCCAAACUCCUCCGGAAAGUAAAGGAGAAUCCUUUUCUCCCACUGGGCAUGGCAGGUUUUUUUGCCAUUGUUGGAUACAAGCUGAUGAAAAUGAAAAAUCGUGGUGACACAAAGCUGUCUUUGCACCUGAUCCACACACGUGUAGCUGCACAGGGCUUUGUGGUGGGAACACUGACAAUCGGAGUCCUGUAUUCAAUGUACAGAGAUUACUAUGCAAAGCCCAAAGAAGAACAGAAAGCAGCGCAACACAAAUGAACAUGGAUUUUCGUAUAGUUAGGUAGUAAAUAUCAUACAUGUAACUGAACAUCAUAUUUUUAAGUGCUGUAGAACAUUUAUUUUUAUGUCAUAAUGUUAUGUGUUUUGUUUUUUUUCCAUGUAAAUAUGCUCAAGGUAUUGAUCAUUUCCGAAAGUGUACACUAAGGGUAAAAGUAUCAGCGCAGCAGUUGUAGCGGUUUUAGUACUUUGAAUUUGACCUAUUUAAAAUCAAACUGAUGGCACGCGAUGCGACUGACGGCCUUCUAGUUUGAAUCGUGGUGAUUUGAGAGCAGUACGACUGAAACACGUUCUGUAUUUAAACAAACAGCUUUUGAUGCACUCCAUUAUUAAGUUAUUGCACUGGGUGUGUGAGAUGCCACCACACUGUAAA